UAUGAAGUUCAUUGGAUUGUUGUUAUUUUUGUAGGCGCAAGACAGGUAAUGUUUGUAGGCUGUUGAUGUAUGACAAAGGAUAAUUAGGCACAAUCAUAAGUUAAAUGUUUAGUACUCCAGAAAAACUAGCGAAAAGAACUGGCAAAAAAGAUGCUAAUAGACAGGAAUAUUUAGGACAACUGGUGAACGAAUUCCGAACCACCAAAUCGAAAGAGGCUAAAGAGCAGGUGCUUGCUAAUUUAGCAAAUUUUGCAUAUGAUCCAAUAAAUUAUGAAUACUUGCGCCACCUGAAAGUGAUUGAUCUUUUCCUUGAUCAGCUUUCAGAAGCCAAUAGCAUCCUUUUGGAACUUGCUCUGGGAGGUCUUUGCAACUUAGCUUUAGAUGAUGAGAAUCGGGAUUAUAUUUUGCAUAAUAAUGGAGUCCAUAUCAUCAGCUCCUGCCUGUCAUCCCCCAGGGAGGAAACUGUCAUAGCAGCCAUAACAACUUUAAUCUUCUUGGUAACACCAGAAUCAAAACUAGUUGUAGCAACACCAGAAGUGGUUUCUUGCAUAUCACAGCUGUGCUCAAGUCCCAAUCCAAGAAUUACAAAUUUAGCCAAAAUAUUUAUUGAAGACUAUGUCAGCGAGCGCAGUCAGCUAGAAGAAACAAUCGAAAAUAGUCCGAGCAGUUGAAAUCAAAAAAAUUAUGUGGGAGACAUUUUUUGUUUGCAACAAAACUGUACUCAAGUACAGAAGUGUAGUGCACAAAAUGCUUUUCAGUGAUUUACUGAGAGAAACUCCUACACAACACAAUUGUGUGUAUUCCAGUGAAGUGAAAAAUAUCGAAAAACUAAGUUCUGCAGGGAAGAUGACAAAGCUAGAAGUAGGAAAUGAAGCAUCCGUGAGAAGAACCAUAACAGUUAAAGAUUUAGAUAAAUUUGGCAGUCUUAUUGGGGAUUACAACACAGUACAUAGUGGGGUGAGACCAAUUGUCCAUGGUGCAUUUCUGAAUG